GUUCAAUGGAAAGCAGAAUCAUAAUUUAUAAUUUUCUUGCAAAUAAUAUCGAUCACUCAAAAAUACCUCACUACAUUGAACAAAUUCCUCAACCUGUGGUAUCUUCAAGAAAUUGUUGAGUUAGGAAAAUUAAUACACAUGAAUAUAUUAUAUUAUAAUAUAUUAUAUGUGUGUGUAUGAAAGUCCAGAAGCUUACAACCAAGCUAUUCUCUUGAUGGAGGUUGGUGUAAUUCAUUCUCACAGACUUUAUGAGAUGGUUCCUCCAUGGAUAAGAAACAUUGUAUGGCAAGUGCAAUUAUUGCAUUGUCGAUGUCAGAGAUGCUUUUUGACAAAUCAUUGUGGGACUCUAGAUUGUGUAGAGUGUCAGGUAAAAAGUGCUCAAAAUGCCAUGGUCAUGUAGGAUUACCAAAAAUGAAGUGUUACAGAGAGUAAACAGAAGAAUAGAGUUGCAGCAUGAAGCAAAAUCAGAAAAACUUUAUGACAAUUCCAUAAUUAAUUACGAAUGGGAAAAUUAAAGAAGAUUGUGACUCAUCAAGGGAAUUACUUUCCUGUUAAACAAACUCCAAACAAUUCAAACAACUAGAUAAGCGGAAAAGACCCAUUAUGUUGAAAAUUGUAGUUACCUGAAAGUCAGACUGGGUUAAGCCCUAAUAGGUAGUUUUAAGAUAGUUUCAUUGCAUUCAUAAUUCACUCAUCAUUACAGGUAGAUAGAUGUUGCAAGUAUCAAAAUAAAACUCCCAACUUUAUCAUGAAGACUCAUUUUAGGCAAAAAUGAACUUAACCUAACCUGGCUCUGAGGUACAGAAUUUGAUUUGUAUUCAAACUGCUGGCUAUAAAUUUUGGAUUUAAAUCACUAUCAAUAAUGGAGCCUUCAGCUACUGAGCAUACUUCAGUGGUAUCAUCAAGAACAAGGAGAUCAAUUCACUGAGCCUCAAAGAACAAUAUGUUGUAUUUAUCAAAUGUCUUGCACCAUAUAUUAAUGUUGUAGAAUGUGGUAUAUGAAGAAAAAGUGAGGACAGCUAAAUACAGUUCUAAUUUUUUCAUUGACUUGUAAUCUUAACAUAAAAGAGAAAAUGUGUACUAAAACUGUGACAUAGGAAAGACAAACAUUUACUGUUUGAGAAAGAAAUAUCAAAAACUGAACAGGUUUGAUAUUUGAAACACUGAUAUGAAGAGCAGUUUUGCUAGUUAUGAUAGCUGCAGUAAAAAAAAUAUGAAAUCUUUGGCUCGAAAGUCUGCAUUCACCUCUUGAAGUAUUGGUAGCUGCAAUUUAGUUUGUCUCCUAAUUUAAAGUCCAUAUCUAGGGGGUGGUUUCAGGUCCAUCUUAAGAUGAAAACUUCAAUGUUCGUAUAUCCUAAAUGUUUUAAUUUUCGAAACACAGGUUGGUAAAAAAGGUCAAAAAAGUAAAUCCUUGAUUCUGAAUAUCUGUAUUACCACUUAAUGAAAUUUGGCAUACAUGUAAACGUGUCAAGAGGCACUCUUUUAAUUUUACCUGUCUUAAUAGAUAGUGAUGGUAUGCUGUUUAUUUCUCUCUUAUUAAAAUUUUCAAUCACUUCGAAGCAAAAAUCGAUGCGAAAUGUUUUUUUUUCAAUAUGAUGCACGGUUUUUAUAAAACCGAUCAUAGCAAUAUUGUUAACAUGAUAAUAUCACCAUGCAGAACAUUUUUUGGGUGGAAAUAGUGGGUCGGACAUGAAAAAUUGAAGUCUCUUUUAGUCUGACGCACGGUUUUCACCUGAAAAAUACAAUAUACAUAUUUCUCGACAUAGUGACAUUAUCACACUAACGAUAUUAGGAUCAUGCAAAGAAACGUGAUUUUAUUUUUGUAAACGAAUACCGUGCAACGGAGUAAACAAAAAUUAAGCAAUCAAAUUUGCCUAGAAUGACGGGAUUUCAAUGAAAAAAUUUUAUUUUAAGAGAAAUCAUUUGCGUACUAUCGUUGUCUGUCAAAAUAAGCAAGUGAAAUCGGUACGAACGUCGAAGUGAUAUUACAGAUCGUAACAAAAAAAAAUGAUUGAUCUUUAAAAAGCUUACUACCCUGUUACUCAAAAGUAAAGACGUUUAGGACAUACAAUUAUAUAAAGUUUUCUUCUUAAAAUGGAACCAAAAGUUGUCCUCUUAAAUAUUAA